CCUCUGCAGUCACAGCUCCACAAACGAAGCACUGCAAACUCAAGUCACUGCUCUCCAGCUUCCAUUCAGAAAGAAAGAGAAGGGUUAAAGCACCAUGAUCAGCGCCAAGAGGAUCGCUCAGCUGGCCAAGAAGUGGCAGAGGAUGGCGGCGCUCGGGAGGAAGCGCCUGGCCUGGGUGGCGACGGAAGCCGACCAGUGCUGCACAUCCGUGGCGAGCAAGGGCCACUGCACGGUGUACACAGCCGAAGGGGCGCGGUUCGAGGUGCCGCUGGCGUGCCUGGGCACCGCGGUCUUCGCGGAGCUCCUGCGGAUGUCGCAGGAGGAGUUCGGCUUCGCGGGCGGAGACGACGGCAGGAUCACGCUGCCCUGCGACGCCGCGGUCAUGGAGUACGCCAUGUGCUUACUCAGGAGAGGCGCCUCUGCCGAGCUAGAGCAGGCGUUCCUGAGCACCAUGUCGCUGCCGUGCCACUAUGCGAGCCGUGUGGCGCCGUACGUAGAAGCCAGCCGGCAGGUUGCCGUUUAGAGUUGCAGCUCGGUGUAUGUAGUAGGGCCAAAGAUAGGUGUUGUUCAGAGCAUUCUGAUCCUGCAGCGAUCAAGGUGUUAAAAGUACAAGAAGUUCCUGGUUAAAAAAAAAUAUACAGGAAGUUCCUGGUUAAAAAAUAUACAAGAAGUUAGAGGGCCAUUGUUAGGACUUACAUUACGAGUCAACAAAGUUUCUCCAGGUUACCUCAUGUGGACUGUGGAACAACAGCCAUACCGGGCACCAGCUAAACUGAAUCAUGAAAUCGUGACUCCAUUCAGGCCCACAACACUUAACCCCAAAGAAACUGAAACGAGC